AAGGAUAAUAGUCACGCUGUUACUGCUGGUGAUGAUAUUGUUAUAUUACAACAACUGAUAUUCAUACACUCCUUAGAACCUUGUAGCACAAUGUCUUUAUUACAGUACCACCACCUCCGCCGCAGUAGUGCAAACGCGUCGCGUCUCGGUGGAGAUUCAGUUAGACUGUUAGCGCAGUGCUUAGCGAGGCGCGGCGGACCAGCAGUUUCCACCUAUAACUCACGUCUGUGGCCUCCUUCGUCUUCAAACCGCUGUUGACUCACGCAUGCGCCAACACUCGCGUCUCUGACUUGAGCCUGAGUUGUAGAGGUCCCAAGGCGUGAGAGACGAGCGCAGAGGGAGGGAAGGAGAGAGGUGCUGGCAAGGAUGAUGUGUUAGUUGCUGAAACAUUAAUAUCGGGAGUUGCGUUUCCGUUAUGAAUCACGACUAGCAACAUCGGCAACCCUACCCCCACUCCCAAUACUAUGAUCAAGUUCCUUCUCCAAGCUGUGGUCCUUUGCGCCGUGGCUGUUGUCUGUAUAGCUUAUACCCGCAGAGGGCAUAAGGUGGGUGAGGCAUCUUUCGAUGUAGAUUACCGAAGCGUCUUUGAACAGCCUCACCUCAUCAAGAAGGUGGAAAAAACAACAUAUUUGACAGUGAAGAAAGACGUGAAGGAAAAGGUGGGAAGGGCUAAAGUGAGAGAACUAAAAAUACCAAAAGGUGACAUGAAAAAGAAUAAAGAUGAAGUGGAAGUGAAUGAAGAUGAGUUGAAAUGGAAUGAACAAGAGUUUCCUUCCUUGGAUGUCACGUCGAUCGGUGCUUCCAUGGCGUCCCUCCGCCGCUUCCUGCAUCACGCCAGGAGAGUCAGGAAGCAGGCAACAGAGAGUGUUAAGAGGGACGUGGAGGUUGAUGCCUUGUCCCUGCACCGCCUCAGUCUUCACCUGCAGAACACCACAAGUGUGCCCCGCGCCUCUCACCCUCACCAGGUAGUGCCAUUCAACUACGAGGACGGAGGUGUGCCAGUAGCAGCGGCGGCGUCCAGCGGUCGUGGUGUGGGCGGCUAUGAUGACUGUGCAGGAGGCAGCCAGGCGUUGGGCGUAUUCAACUUCCUCACCUUCAUGGUCUACUCGCUAUCCCUGGUAAUGACGGUGGUCACCCUCGCCCAGGGUUCUAUGGCGGACACCUUCCUCGGCCAGAUAAUCAAUGGUGUUGUCAUAAACCAAAGAUCCUUCAGUGCGGCGACUCCAGGGUUGCCAGAUAUGGUUCCUAAAGCCCAUGAGGUACUGGGUCUUGUCCCCCGAGAGCUGCUUGAUACUGGCAGGCACCCAAGAGACACCGCGAGCCGGCAGGAGGAGGAACUUAAGGCUCUGCGAAAGGAGCUGUCAGUGGGGAUGGUAACGGCGCUGCUGGAAGCUGUGCGAGGCCCAAGUAGGCUGUGGGCCAAAGGUUCAGUACGGAAUUGUAGCAGUCCAGCCAGGGCAUGGGCACACCGCUACUUCACCACACACGCCCACGCCAUCCUCUCAAGCCACACCUGACGAUGCUCUUGAGAUAACUCAGGAAACUGAAUAUAUUGUUUUCCUAUUGUUGUUGUUAUUACUACAACUACUGUCUUCAACUGUGUGUGUGUGUGUGUGUGUGUGUGUGUGUGUGUGUGUGUGUGUGUGUGUGUGUGUGUGUGUGUGUGUGUGUGUGUGUGUGUGUGUGUGUGUGUGUGUGUGUGUGUGUGUGUGUGUGUGUGUGUGUGUGUGUGUGUGUGUGUGUUAG